AUGUCAGACCCCGCCAAACGAGAAAUUCAGAUAUCUAAGUCACUAGCGUACCUAUUAAGACAUGGUGCAGUCAAGGAAAAGCUGCCUAUUGACAGCAAUGGCUACAUUCCUGUGGACGUUUUAUUGAGACACAAUAGGCUGAAGAGUCUUAAGUGCACAAAGGCUGAUAUCGAUAAGGUGGUUGCAACAAACAGCAAGAAGAGAUUUCAUCUCAAAGAGGAAGGGGCCAAUACCUUGAUAUGUGCAACGCAAGGCCAUUCUAUCGCUGCCAUCGCACCCGCAGAAGAAGUCCUUGAACAGAUAAAAUCCCCCGACAAACUUCCUGCCAAGCUGGCUCACGGAACUAAUCUCGGGAAUUGCAAGUUGAUCUUACAAUCUGGGUUCAUUAAGCGCAUGAAUAGAAACCAUGUUCAUCUUUCCCCAGGUGUCACAGGCGUAGAUAGCGCAGUUGUAAGCGGGAUGAGGACUUCUAGUACUGUUAUCAUAUAUCUCAAGCUGGACAAAGCAUUGGAUGAAUUACGAAUCUACAAAUCUCUCAAUAAUGUUUAUCUGACUCCUGACGAUAUCCCGCUUAAUCUCGUCGAGAAGGUGACUAUUCGGAGUGGACAAAAAAAGAAUCCAAAUAUUGAUGAGCUAUUAGCACUACUAUCGACAAAUGAAAUACCGUUUUCCUUCUACUAG